AUGACAGAAUACAAACCACCCCCCCUCCCCUCCCCCUUCACCCACACAACCCCACCACCAACCCUCCUCACCCAAGGCGCCGAAGCCCACCUCUACAAAACAACCUACCUCACACCAACAACCCCCGCGGCGCUCAAAAUCCGCCCCUCAAAACCCUACCGCCACCCGAUCCUCGACCGCCGCCUGACGCGACAACGCAUCUUACAAGAAGCGCGGUGUCUCUCGAAGCUCGUCCGUGAGGGGGUUAGUGUGCCUGCGAUUCUGGCGUUGGAUUGGGAACCGCAGGGGCAGGAGGAGAAGGAUGUGCUUGAGGGACGCGCUGGUGGGGCGUGGUUGCUUAUGGAGUGGGUUGAGGGGCUUGUGGUGAGGGUUGUGUUAGAGAGGUGGGAGGGGUGGAUGAAGAGGAAUACGCAGAUGGGCGAGGAACAGAGGAAGGGGGAGGAGAGUCGGGUGAGGUAUCUGUUGAGGAGGAUUGGGCAUGUUGUCGGGGGGUUGCAUAAGGCGGGUGUUGUGCAUGGGGAUUUGACGACGAGUAAUUUGAUGUUAAGGCCGACGGCGGCGCCUUUGAGUGUGGAGGAGGAUGGUGGGAAUCCGUCGAUGGAGGGAGAGGUGGUUUUGAUUGAUUUUGGGCUGGCGGGGCAGAGUAAUCAGGAUGAGGAUCGUGCUGUGGAUCUUUAUGUGUUGGAGCGGGCGUUUGGAAGUACGCAUCCCCGGACGGAGCCGUUCUUCGAUGAACUGCUGCAGGGAUAUCGCGAGGCGUACCGGGGCGCAGCAUCUACGCUGAAGCGGCUGGAAGAUGUCAGGAUGAGAGGUCGCAAGAGGAGUAUGAUUGGCUGA